AUGCCGCAUAGGGACCCCCUCGAUCCGUCCAACACCACAUGGCGCGCGUACGUGCGGGACGCAUUCAUCGCACUUGAACACACCCUCUUGUCGGCGAGGGGAAAGCUCCUCCGGGACUGGGUAUUCGUGCCCCUGGGCAUCUUUGCCAUCCUGGGCGCCUGCUGCGGCGUUGACGUGCUCUUCCGCAGGGUGUCGGUUUCGUUCCCGGCGUCGGUGGCCUGUCUGGCGCUGCUGUUUGCCGGGCUGCUGCUUUGUGAGGCGGUGCUAGGGACGCAUGUCACGCGGAGGGCCGUCGGUGUCAUCAAUGUGCCGGCGGACUGGAGUCUGAGAUGGAUCGGGCUGUUCUUUACGCCGUCGUUUGUGACGAUUCCGCUGAGCCCGGCGAUUGGGGUCGGUGAGGUCUUUAAGAUUAUCGCCGUGUUUGGUGGAGCAGUCGUCGGGUUCGCCGUCAUGAUGGUGCUGGCGGCGUACAUGACGCGCGGGCUGCAGCUCGUGCUGGGCGCGACGAAGCGUUCCGAGACGGAGCGCGGCGACGAAAUGGGCCGUCGUGAGCACGACGAGAUGCCGCUUCACCAGCGUCGCUCCGACUCGGGCGGCAUCGCCAGCCCGCCGCAGCUCCGGCUCCAGCAACACCACUACUCGCAGAGCAGCCCGGCAGACGGCAGCGUCGCGGCGGCGUCGGCGCUGGCAUCGCAUCUCGACGCCUCCAUCUUGGCGCUCGUGCUGCUGGCCAGCAUCCCCGUCUACUACGCCUCGGGCUACGCCAUGCCGCUGCACGUCGCCGUCACGACGCUCUGCUACAGGCUGGCCCUCGCGACGCCGGGCCCCUGGCAGCGCUACCUGCACCCGGUGCUCGCGGCGUCGCUGCUCGCCGUGCUCGUCAUCUGGCCGCUCUCGCUCGCGCACGGCUCCAGCCUCACGGCCGCGCUGCGCUCCUACAAGACGGGCGCAAACUACACCCGCCUCUGGAGCCGCGAGCCCGGUCCGCCUCUCCUCCCCGGCGCGGGGGACGUCUUCUCGACCGUCCUCGACGCGAGCAUCGUGUCGCUCGCCCUGCCCAUGUUCCAGCACCGCCGGGAGCUGAAGCGUCACCUGGCCACCCUCGCCAUCCCCAACGUCCUCAUCUCCGUCGGCUCCGUGCUGUCCUACCCGCCCGUCUGUCGCGCCAUCGGCAUUGCGCCCACGCGCAGUCUGGCAUUCGCCUCGAGGAGCCUGACGCUGGCGCUGGCCACGCCCGCCACCACCAACCUGGGCGGGGAUGUGCAUACCGUCGCCGCCCUGGCCAUAGCGAGCGGCAUCCUGGGCGUGUUGGUUGCCGACAAGAUGAUGAGGUUGCUGAGGAUACCAGACGACGACUACGUCACACGGGGGAUCACACUGGGCGUCAACUCGAGCGCCAUCGGGACGGCCUUGUUGCUACGGACGGAUCCUCGGGCUGCUGCGCUCUCGAGCCUCUCCAUGACCCUCUUUGGCACUGUUACCGUGCUGCUGACGUCGAUACCGCCUGUGGCGAGUAUGAUUCGCGCCUUGGUUGGAUUGUAG